AUGCCCUGGCAACCUUUGCCUCGUAUCGCCUUCGCCGUCGCGACCUAUCCUUUCGAGACCAAAAACGAGAACGAACUUCCCCUAGAGAUUGGCGAUGAUCUAUACAUUAUCGAAGAGACCGCAGACGGCCAAUGGCUACGGGGGUAUCUGUUGGCGCCUCCCUCGCUUCUGGCUGGCCUAACUUCCGUAAGGGGUCAACCUCUUGAGGCUCGUGUCUUUUCCGGCAUUUUCCCACGCACAUGCGUUGAGAUACGCGAGGUGCUAGAUAACGGAGACGAGAAUUCGGAAAAUAGUAGUAAUUAUCAGGGAGAUGAUGAUGCGCCGCCUAUCGGGAGCGACUCUGGCAAGAGUGGAGUGGCCUCGAGCACGAGGAAGUCCUACUUUAGAGACCUAGAGGGUGGGAGUAGUCUGCAUAGACCGAAUGGUACUAUGUUAGGUGGUGCAAUCACCCGUGCUUCCGAGUUAAGAAUACGCGAACCUGGUGCACCUAGGCCAGCCGCGCCGGUACCAAUGCUCAGGUUGGGGGACGAAACGCCUACCUCUACUAUGGAACCUCUGGUAGACGAGAUCGCGUCAUGUCUACGUGAAUGGCAUUCGACUAAUUUUCACGAGCUAUUGCUUACAAGGCAAUAUACUAAACUUGACAAAGUAUCCCAGCUAAUACAAGCCCUGGACCUAUCGAGGAGACAAUUUCUACAUAACCUUCUAACAACUCGUGAAUAUGAUGCAUUGCGAGAGAGGACUGUCUGGGACCUGGUCAGGGGAAAUAAAUUAUGUGGUGGAGAGGUUAUUGUGCGAGAUCCCAAUGAAAGAGGAAGAGUUUUAACUGGUGACGAUCCGGUUGUGGAAAUCACCAAGUUGCAGUCGGUUAUGAGCUUAUUAGACGAACCACCGCAGCCGCAAGCCGAACUGUCCGCAUUACACCAUCUAAUGGUCGAUAUUAGGAGCUUUGCUGGUUCCUCCAACGAACCCACAACGUUGGUACUGUACCUCGUUAGUAAAUCAAUCGGAGGAACCCUCACGAGGCUCUCGGAAAGCUACAUAAUUGAAGUACCAUCAGGUGGUACGAUGGGUUAUUUGACCAGAAAUCCGCAGAUGCGUACCUUAUUUACUGAUUUGACUUCCGCUGAUAUCGGCGAUGGACCAUCCGCCGACUCAGAACUAUACCUAAUUGUCAAGGUACGCUCCCCACAGCAGGUAAUAUCCAAUAACCCUAUCUCGAGGUCAGGUUCGUUUGGUCAACCUAAUACGCCAUUUUCGAACAACAAACCGUCCUCCUCCGGUGGUAAGCCCUCUAGGAGGAGCUUUAUGUGGGGAACUACGAGAUCUGCGUUUUCUAGAGGUGGAACAAAGCUCGAUGCCUUAUCUGAACAGCCGGAGGACCGGCCUCGAACGGAUACUCUCGAGAGCAGAGAUGGUACGAUGCCUCCGAGUACUGCCGGUUCGAGGGCAGGACGCCAAUCCUUCGACGGACCACAGCCAACGCAGAUGUUGGCGGAGAGAAUGGUGGGCAUGGGUGUACUGGGGUUGAACUCGAUCAUGAAACAGGAUGAAGAGUCAGAGCAUGUGGUUACCGUUUGGUCACCAUCCGCGAGGUUUACUACUGAAAAGCAUGACAGCGCUGACGGAUGGGACGGACUGGUUCGUGACCUUCUGGAAAGCAAAUCAGGCCACUACGAAAAGUCUAGGAGGGCAGAGCGAUUACAAAUUCACCUGAAGUCUUUCAACAGCCCCGAUGCAGAUGCUCUUAUCAAAACGACUCCUACUUUGCUUGCUGGCAUUAGUAAAACUAGCAAGAUGGGAUUCUCUGGCGCCCCGACGAAACCUCGGUCUGACAUCUACGUGACAGUCACGGAAGCUCUUCUAGCUCGUCAGAAUCUAAUCUCGCGUUUUGGAGCUGGUGCAACGAAUAUAUCCAGCAACGUGCACGGCAACAAUCUUAUAGUUUCCUUAGAAGUCCGGCGGCAAUCAGGAGAGCGAAUUGAGGAUUGUAUAUACGCGUCUUCAAAUUCGGAGCCAAUGACUACAUGGCGCUCAUUUGCUGUAGAGCGUGGCGAACACUGGGAUCAAACUCUUCGACUCUCGCUCUUGCCCGCUGAUGUUAGUACAUCAAAUGUCGUGUUCACCGUUUCCGACCUACCUAAUACGCCUUUUGCAAUUGCGUACAUGCCCCUGUGGGAUCAACAGGCGUUCCUGGGUGACGGCCCGCAUUCUCUACUCCUCUAUAAGUUGGACGAGUACACGCAAACCGCACAGGCCGGGCCGACAGGUAGGGGUGGGUAUCUAUCUCUUCCCUGGAGCGCUCGUAGCGACCAGAGUGAUGUCACCGGCCCACUUGCAACUCUUCGAGUUGAUACGUAUCUCUGUAGCACCAGAUUCUCGCAGGAUCGAAUAGUCCUUGGGUUAUUGAAAUGGAAAGAGAGUCCCAGAGACGAAAUCCCAACGAUGUUGAAGCAACUCGUGUUUGUGCCUGAGAUUGAGGUUGUCAAGUUGCUAAGCGAUGUUCUAGAUGCUCUCUUCGGUAUUCUGGUUGAGUAUCAAGGCAACGAUGAGUACGAAGACCUCGUCUUCACCGCUCUUGUUCGAGUUUUGGGCAUAGUCCACGACCGUCGGUUUAACUUGGGCCCUUUGGUGGAUCACUAUGCUGAGACUAGGUUCAACUAUCCCUUCGCCACGCCCUGCCUUGUCAGGUCCUUCACACGGCUCCUUACAAAACCAACCGAGUCGGAGACUGCUCGGAAGCUUAGGGCUACCCUUAAGGUUGUACGCCAUAUCCUUAAAUUCAUCACGCAUGCGAGAGGCCAGCAGAAGGUUAAAGAGGCUGGUAUUGGCAUUACCGGCAGCACGGCCGGCUUUACUCGACACCUGCAAAGUAUAUUCAAGGCUCUUGAUUCAAUGAUGCGAAGCACUGCGCCAGUUUUGGUCGGAAGUCAGACAUUGGCUGUACAGCAUUUUCACACCUGGUUGCCUGAACUUACCGGAUUAUUAACUACUGAAGAGAUCCUUCACAUAGCCAUUGACUUUAUGGAUUCAUGUGCCCUGGUUAAGGGUAAGCUGGUGCUAUAUAAGCUAGUUCUGAUCAUCAACUACUCUAAGUUGGACUUAUUUGCUGGUCCGGAGCAACGAUCAGCUCUCUGUGCAAACACGGUAAGAUGGAUUGCACCACAUUGGGGUCGGACGGACGAUGUCACAGAGCAAUGGAAGGAACAAGUUCGCCUUUGUUGCUCGGUCCUAGCUAGCCAGGUCGAUCAUCUUAAUUCUGAGAUCCCUGACUACAUACCGAAGAUUGUCGGCUCUUACCUAUCUAUCCAAGCUACGGAGCUGAAACCCAAAACCCGAUUUUCAAUUUUGUUUCCAAUAACAUACCCUUUCCCGAGCAAACAGAUACCUGGCGAUGCUGUUCAGUUUGACGAGGCUUUGAUCGAAUUGUCGGCAAUUUUAUCUGCUCUUUCGAACUCACCCAAUGGAAUGCAACUUGAAUUGGCCGCAGAAGAUCUCACUAGCCUCUUGAAGAAUACACUCCACGUGCAUACAAGUAUAUUGCAGGGAGAAGCUUUCCCGUCAAGUUGGUUAAGUGUAACACUACAAUAUCUUGCAAGCAUUCUCCUGGAAUCCUUUUUGCCUCACCCCGACGAGGCCGAAGACUUCGAUACGGAGCUGUGGCGGAUCGGACACUUGGCACUCGAGACCUUCUCGGAACAAAAGCGAAGAGCAGUUUGGAAGAUUGCCGGUGACGUUAGGGAACACGCUAUUGGUUGGGAGACAAGCCCUGAUGAAAGAUCCCGGUAUGGGUUAAUAAAGAUGGGCGGUUAUCAACUUUGCCUAAGCGUUCACGAAGGACUGAGGAGAAUGGCCGUCGAAGUUCUCCAAACUAUGAUCACAGAGAUGAUCGAUUGUCUGGAUGGAUUCUUCAAAGAUAAGACCAUGACUGAAAGUAUCUUGCAAAAGCUCUUCAUUAUUGGAGGCGAUCCACUAUACUCUGCUUUAAGAAGCUUGAUCGAGACAAUCGCCGAUGGAGAUAUCACGAGCGAAGCUUCUCACUUAAUCAACCGCCUUCAGCUCAUGGAGUUUCUCAGAGACAUGCAGAAAGAGGAGAUAUUUAUCCGAUACAAUCAUACCGAAGCCGGACUAGCCCUUCGUCUUCAUGCUGAGUUAUACGAUUGGGACCCUUCAAGGCUAACACCUGCCUUACAAGACCCAGAUCUUCCAGAACAGUCUCAUUUUGAACGAAAGGAGCGAAUUUACUUCGAUAUGAUUAAACACUUCGAAGACGGAGAAGCUUGGAGUAGUGCGCUCGCAGCCUAUAAGGAACUUCAGGCCCAAUACGAGACUAUUGCGACCAUUUAUGAAAAGCUGGCAAAGAGUCUCGGAUUCCCUUUAAAUCUGCGCGACAAGGCGUUUGUGUACGAGGGCUCGCCCAUCGAGCGGACGUCAGCCUUUACAGACCGUAUGCAAGAGCAUGAUGUCGACAGUGAAGUUGAAGGGCAAUACUUAGUAUUUCAGCGCACUAGAGUCCCACAGCCUAUUCGCGAUUAUCUCCUUUCGGCUCAUGCACAGAUGUUCUCAGUAUCGUCUAAGCGCAUUUAUACUACGGCUGAGCCCUUUCCUACCAUACUACGGCGUAGCGAGGUUGAGACAGCCCUUGAACGAAUUGUGCGGAAGACGCAAGAAAUGACAGCCGUCGAGAAGAAACUAGCCGAAGAAGAAGAUGAAGAAGUUGCUCAACUGAUGGUAGAUGCUAUUAGCAUCUCGCUUCUUCCUACCCCGCAGUCCGAGGAUGAUGAGGAACCAGAGCUAGACCAACAAGAGAACGCAAUCAAGAUGGCGCUCGUAGAUCACGCAAUCAUGAUUAAGAGAUGCCUAGCCAGUUUUGCUCGUAGCACAAACCCUGUCCUCCUGAAGGGGUAUGAGGACUCGUACAAGCAUUUCUUGUCUACAUUCGCACCGGAGAUUGCGAUUUUCGCACCUGCUCAACCGCCUCGCGACAACGCCUUAGCUGCAUCGUCACCAGCUUGGCAACGGUCAUCUCCCACUGCAGAGAACCUGUCUCCGGAAGCCAAAGCCGGCGUAUUGACGGUACACGCUACCGGUGUAGUAGAGGAAGCAUCGGCCGCUCAACCAAUUUCUAUGAAGCAACGUGGGACAAGACUUAGCUUCUUAGGUGGGAAAAAGAAGGAACCCCAGCAGUCUCAACAGUCUAAUGGCGACACAUUGAGCUUGCAAACCAAAGGUGACAGCGAUUCUAACAGUCAAGUAAGCAGAGGAAAGGAUAAUUCAAAUCGAAGGAGUAUAUUCCGCACCCAGUCGAGCGACACUAAUCCCAGCUCAAAUCCGCAUGCUCAGCCCUACUCUAAUGGUAUCGUCGUUGACGCAACCACACCCGAUUGGACAGUCGACCGGUCACGCAAAAGCAAGGAGAUAGUAGAUGUCUUUGAGAGUGACCUUGAUAGACCCAAUGAUGGUGGGAUAGGAUUUAAUUCAGUCAAGAAAAGGCUGAGCUUAUUGAAGUUGGGAAAGAAACCGAGCAAACCCAAUGGUUUUUUCAUGGGUGGGGUAAGUGAGGAAUAA